UUUAACAAUUGUUGAAGCCCAGAUGAUGGAUAUAAAGGUUUUCCAAUACAUCGAAUUGCAAAUUUGAAUGAGUUAUAAAGUUAGGGUUUACUUGUUUUGAUAGGGCUUCAGCUACUUCUAGAGAGAGGAACACUCAAAUUUUUCUCACGCAUUUUAGUGUGAGAAACCGAUUCCGCUUAAAAAUCUGCACUAUUUCUAGAGAGGGUAACACUCAAUUGUGGGCAAUCACUGUAAUGAUAGUUCUAGAGCGAGAGAGAGAGAGAGAGAGUCUUAAAAAUCGUUCACUCUUUCAAAAAUUUCAAAACUGGUUGCAUGGGUGUUGUAUCUAUCUGUGGUUGUAGAGUGAGAAAGUGUCCAUGGCCAUGACUCAAUCACAGAGAGAUGAGCUCUCCAUCUAUAGCUCUCAGAACCGUGAAAACCACUGUUCUUUCUCUGAACAAAGCCAUUGCAAAGCUCACACGCAAAGGCCAGAUUGCAGAGGCUCGCCGAAUCUUCAAUGGUUCUCCAUGCCGGACCACGGUGACCUGGAACUCUAUGCUCUCUGGCUAUGUUCAUGCCCUGGAUCUGUCAGAGGCUCGAAAAUUGUUUGAUGAAAUGCCUCAUAGAGAUGUAGUCUCUUGGAACCUGAUGAUCUCUGGUUUUGCGAAGGUGGGUGAGCUCAGAGAAGCUAGAAAAGUUUUUGAAGCUUCACCAGAGAGAGAUGCAGUCUCAUAUAACACUCUUAUCAGUGGUUAUGGGAGUACUGGGUUUUUAUCAGAGGCUCGAGCUCUCUUUGAUUCGAUGCCUUCUAGGACUGUGGCUUCUUGGAAUGCCAUGAUCACUUGUUAUUUGAAGAAUGGGGAGUUGGGUUUGGCUCUGAAACUCUUCGAGGACAUGCCUGAGAGAGAUUCUUGGACCUUGAAUGCUAUGGUUUCAGGUCUGGUGAGGUGGGGGAACUUGGACAUGGCUGCUGGAUUGCUGGAGAGGGUUGGCGAUGGAGGAAUCGAUGCUUAUAACACGCUGCUUGCUGGUUAUGCGCAGAGUGGGAGGUUAGAAGAAGCAUGGAGGUUCUUUGAUGAAAUCCCACAUAAAGUUCUAAAUUGUGCCAAUGGAAAACCCAGGAGUCUAGCAAGGAAUGUGGUUUCUUGGAAUUCUAUGAUGAUGGGGUAUGUAAGGGCCGGAAAAUUGUCUGAGGCCCAAAAAUUAUUUGAUGACAUGCCUGAAAAAGACCAGAUUUCAUGGAAUACCAUGAUAUCUGGCUAUGUUCAAGCAUCAGAUUUGGCUAAAGCAUCAUCACUUUUCAGGCAAAUGCCUGAACCAGAUUGCCACUCUUGGAACUCGAUGAUUUCUGGUUAUUCGAAGAUUGGGGAACCAGAAAUGGCUCGAAUUCUCUUUGAUGCAAUACCCCAGAAAAGCUUGGUUUCAUGGAAUUCAAUCCUCUCAGGGUUUGAGCAAAAUGGCUGGUUCGAAGAGGCAAUUGGUUUCUUUCUACAGAUGCGAGAAGCUGGGGAGAAGCCAGAUAGGCAUACCUUUUCUUGUAUUCUUAGUGUUUGUGCAGCCAUGGCAGCUCUGGUUCAAGGGAAGCAACUUCAUCAACAGAUAGUAAAGACUUUGAUUUCAGAUAUACCCAUUGGGAAUUCAUUGAUCACCAUGUAUGCUCGAUGUGGAGACAUGGGAGAUGCUAUGAAGGUGUUUAAUGAGAUGACUCAUAGAGAUGUGGUCUCUUGGAAUGCAUUGAUGUGGGGUUAUGCCCAUCAUGGUCAUGCAAAUGAGGCUAUACUGCUAUUUAAAGAGAUGAAGAAAUCAAAGGUUUCACCUACCCAUAUAACCUUUAUAUCUGUUCUUUCAGCCUGUAACCAUGGGGGCUUAGUGGACGAAGCCUGUGAGUUCUUUGAUUCCAUGAUCAGAGAGCAUGGAAUUGAUCCUAAGGUUGAGCACUUUGCUUCUAUGGUUGAUAUUUUGAGUAGACAUGGCAAGCUAGAGGAAGCCAUGGCCAUGAUUCAGACCAUGCCAAUGAAGCCGGAUAGAGCAGUUUGGGGAGCUAUGCUCAGUGCUUGUAGAAAUCACGGUGAUAUCAAAUUAGCUGAAUUGGCUGCAGAGGAACUGUUAAAACUCGAACCUGAGAGUUCAGCCCCUUAUAUUUUGCUCUCUAAUUUGUACGCUGAUUCAGGGAGGUGGUGUGAUGCAGUUAAAGUGAGAAACGAUAUGGAAAAAGCUAGAGUGAGAAAGCAACCUGGUUAUAGUUGGAUUGCUGUGCAGAGCCAAGUCGAAGUCUUUGUUGCAGGGGACCAGGGGCAUUCUCAAGCCGAAGAGAUCUAUGGAGUUAUUGAGAUUUUCAAUCGCCAAAUUAAGGAUUUGGGAUUAGUUGUUGAUAUGACAGAUUUCAAUGGGUAGCUUGUGGAACUUCAAUGAGGCAGUUCCAAAUGAUUUUUGGAUAAUUCAAUAGAAAGCCCAGUGCUCUUAUUUUCAUCUUGUGAAAUGAUGGAAGACGAUGGAGAAGAGAUUUUAGACCUAACAUCGGGGUCAUGUUUUAUGCUAUUGAAUCCACUCUCUUCCUCUUCAUGCAUCAUUUCAUUGAUGAUGAUGACCCUAAUGGAUAUGGUUGUCAACAGUCUAGUUGACUAUAGUUUACUUUUCCUUUGGAUUUCAAUCAUACUGUGAAUUGAUUGCUCAUUGUGAUGAAAUGUGUAAGCUGACGGGCAGCAGAUCCAUCGAGGAAGCGAUUUUUGAGAUUUAUGUUGUAUUGAUUUGACAAGUGUCACUGUUAUAGAAACCACAAUGUAUGAAAUUGAAUUUUGUGACACCAA